AUGGCUACCCCUAGUGUCCUUACCUUUGAUGCUGACAGCACUGUUCGCUCACAGUGGGCCACACGCGAUGCUGCUGCCCAUCUUGCUAUGCGUCGCCACUUACCGACCGCUGAGCGUGCGCACUUUAGUCAGUACAAGAGUGCUAAGACAUUGUACGAUCCUGUAGUUGCACGCUACUCUUCCCCUGCCAUUGCUGCUCUUAGCCGCCUCAUACUGCCGUACGUGUUCCCUGACCUCGCCGCCAUUCCCACUGUCGCUGACCUCGUUACGCACCUUCACACUAUCACCGUUGACCUCCUCGAGGAGCGCCUCCUGGCAGCUGAGAAGAGUAUAGUCGCUGUAGGAGCCUCUCGAGGUGACCCUCGUGCCCCUGUCUUUGAGGGGUGCUCCCCCUCCCCCCUUUUGCCCUCUCUUGCCUCUACUACUGCCGUCGACUUCGUUGGCACCGAGUCGGUCGGCGCUGCGUCUGCCCCUAGCGAGCGACGCUGCACCGGCAAGGGCAAGGGGGGCAAAGGCGCUGGAGGGGCUGGCGGGGGCGGUGGAGGUGGCGGUGGAGGAGGCGGAGGGAGUGGGGGUGGUGGUGGGAGUGGUGGCGGGGGUGGGGGCUUCGGUGGCGGCGGUGGCGGCGGAGGCGGCGGCGGCAGUGGCGGUGGGAGCGGAGGAGGAGGCGCUGGCGGCGGUCGCGGAGGUGGCGGCGGAGGAGGUGGAGCUAGUCGGGGUGGCUCUGCACAGCGGGGCGGCUUUGGUGGUGGUCAGCGCCAGCAGCAGCAGCGCACUCGUGAGACCCCGCCCCCCCAGCAGCUUCGUGAGUGGUACGCUUCGCGUCAGCGGGGUGGGGGUACUGGUCCCUGUACCUACGUCCUGCGUACCGGCGAUCGUACGGGUGAGCAGUGCGGGGGCCCGCUCCCCACCCAACGCUGCUUCGGCCGCCUGACGGACGCCUGGCGUCUCCAGUUCCCUGACGCAAGUGAGAUCCCUCGCUGGGGAGAGCUGCAGAGGUCGGGGGUUGCUAUCUUUGAUCUUGAUUAUGAUACUACUCAAGCUGCCAUGUAUGCUGUGUCUACUAGUGAUGAGGGUGACUGUUACCCGUGUGUUCCGCCUGACCCGGGCAUUGAGGCUCCUGCUCUAAGUGCUGGUGAGGCUGCUGCUCUAGGUGCUAGUGCGUCUGCUGCCCCAGGUGCUGGUGAGCCUGCUCUCUCAGGUACCACGUCGGCUCAGGCCUUACACACCUUCACCCUCGACUCGGGUGCUUCCCGCUCCUUCUUUCGAGACCGCACCACGCUUACGCCGCUUAGUCGGCCGGUUGCGGUCUCCCUGGCGGACCCCUAUGGAGGUCCUGUCCUUGCUCACUUCUCCACUGUCUUACCGUGUCCGGUAGCCCCCUCUGGCACCCUGUCAGGUCUCUACCUCCCCUCGUUCUCUACGAACUUGGUGAGUGGUGCCGACCUACAGGAUGGGGGGGGUGACCAGUUCACUCCUGCGAGUCAGCGGGUGACCCACUGUACGUGUGCUCAAACGGGCCGACACUUGGCCACGUUUACCCGUCAGACGGGGUCAAGCCUAUGA